AUGUCGCUAGGGUUUGCGCGCGACAGCGCGGCGGAGGUGCGACUAGACGCCGCCUUGCAGCGACUCCGCGCGCUCGACUCGAGCGUGCGGCCGUCGUCGAUUGUCGCCGUCGGGGAUGCCCUCCCGAUCGGCGCCGAUGCAUCCUUCCUCAGGGGGCACGGCACGAGGGAGGGAGAGGAGGGGCAGGUGUGUGCCACGGUGUGCGGCGUGGUGAAGCGCAUCAACCGCCUGCUCUCCGUGCAGCCGCUCAAGACGUGGUACGUGGCACAAACAGGAGACGUGGUGGUGGGGCGGGUGACAGAGCUCGCCCCCAAGAGGUGGAAGCUGGCUGUGGGGUCGGCGCAUGAAGCACAGCUCAUGCUCUCCGCUAUCAACCUGCCGGGAGGAGCCCAGAGGCGGCGCACAGCAGUGGAUGAACUGAACAUGAGGAACAUCUAUGUGGAGGGGGACCUUGUCACGGCAGAGGUCCAGAGUGUGUUUCAUGAUGGCUCGGUGGUGUUGCACACUCGCAGCGAUAAAUAUGGCAAGUUGUCAGGGGGUCUACUUGUGCACGUCCCCCCAUACCUCGUACGCCGCCUCAAGCAACAUUUCCACAUGCUCUCGCCCUCUGGCCCGCUCCUUGUCUUUGGCUGCAAUGGCUGGCUCUGGGUGGGCCAACCGCCUCCCCCCACCUCUUCAUCCGGCCCAUCUGGAACCCAGGGUGAAGGGGCUAGCGGGGGUGUUGGUGGCGGUGCUGGUGGAAAAGGUGCGGCUGAAACGGCUGUGGGUGUGGAGGAGCGGGAGAGGAUUUGUCGAGUGGCGGCGGCGAUUCGGGCGCUAGAGAGGGGAGGUUUGGCGGUGGAUCCGCCGGCGCUGGCGAGAGUGGUGGAGUGGAGCGUGGCGAUGGGCGUGUCGGUGGCGGAGAUGGGUGAUGAGGAUUUUGUCGCGACUGUUGUGGAAAAGGAGGUGGAGAAGAGGGAGGCUGAUGCGGCGGAGGGGAGCUGA